AUGGCGAGGACGCACACUUGGCAAAGAAUUCUCAUACGGGGGGGCUUCACCACUGCGUUGUUUCUUCUGUGGAUCGGAAUUUUAUCGGUGCGUAAUUGCAAAUAUGAAGGCCAAACGCUGGAGGAGUUGCAGAUGAGCUGCUGCCCCAGAAGCCUUUCUGCAGCCUCGUACUACUACGACAGUGCCUCUGCACAAGCAAAUCAAGCGUACUACGAAAAUAAUAAUCACGUUUUUUACACAAAGAAAUAUGAAGACUUUCUAUCGACGAUGGAUGAUAUGCAAUUGAGUAACAAAGUAUUAACAAGAGAAGAAAUGAAUAGUUUACUAGAUUCCCUUAGUUUGUUUGUAAGUAAAAAAAAAACAAGGCUGGUGUUCUUUCACUAUAACAAUUAUUUGAAGAAAUUGUAUAAUGACACGAUGGACCUACUGUGGAAAGACUUUGCCACAUUAGCAAUGCGAAGAGGAAUUCCACAUGAUGAUCAACUGAUGUUUUGGAAAAAGUGUGAUGAUGAAAUAACUGAUAGCUUAAUAGCAAAAGACGAAUUUUUUUUAGAGCAAUUUGAAAUAUUUUUAUCUAAAGGGAAGGUGAUGAACAUAAAUUUUUUUAAAUUCUUGGGUAAUUACAGCAGAUCGUGGAAGGAGACUUUAAAACGUUUUGAAGUGAAAUGGUCUAAAAUUCUAAGGGACAAUGUAGAGAGUUACCCAAGGUGGUAAAAGGGGGAGAAAUAGUUUAAAAGGAUGGUCUCGCAGUAGUUCCUACGUUUAGAGCACGAGGAAGGAGCAGCAUUCGACUUUUUUGUUUUGUUUUUUUGCUUUGUUUUGUUUUUGUUUUGUUUGUUUUUCUUUGCUUGUUUUGCUUUGUUUGUUUUGUUUUGUUUUUUUGCUUUGUUUUUUUGCUUUAUUUUUGUGGUUAUCCUGAAUUAAGCGUUAACUGAAAUGGAGUUUGCGUCUUCUUGGCAAUCCAAAUGGUAUAAUUAAAAAAAACAUAUAUCCAUUGCUGCAUUGCAAGAAGUGGCUUCUUCGCCGCUUUCGUUCAAUGUUGUUACUUUUUUCUUUUACAAAUUAGUCUUAGGUAGCGACGCAGAAAAGGCACUGCAUCUGCAUCUGCAUCUGCACCUGUAUCUGCAUCUGUAUCUGCACCUGUAUCUGCAUCUGUAGCUUCCUUUCUGCAGUUUGUUCCUACUUCGCCUGUUUGUGCAUGUGCCUAUUCGUCUUUGAGUCAUUUUUCCAAUCGACUAGUCGUUUUGGAGUUACCCCCCCGUCCGUUCGCUUAUUUCACUGCCCACUAUUGUUUAUGUAACCCCUUCAAAGAUGCUACAAACAGGGGGCAUCCCAUUCUUGCCAACCAUCUUAUUUAACACGUUUGUAAACAUUUUUGAAAAGCGAAAGAGAAACCACGUUGGAGUGAAAUUCGUCACUUCUACGCAAAAGAUGAUAUGCACAUUGGAAAUGGGAAAAUAGCAGUAUGCGCCUUUCCCCCACUUCGUGAAUGCGCAUCUACAUGUGCGCGUCAGCCUUUGAGGCGUUGUCCGGAGAAGAGGCUGCUAAGUAAAGGAAUUCCCUAAUAUUAUGCCUCCUCCCAAACUGAUAAUCAAUUCUGUCAGGUGAAGAAU